GAUCAGCGGAGGGAGAGAAGGAGAGAGGAGGAGAAGAGAGAGGGGGAGACACGGAGAAAUGAGCGGAACCCGAACCAGGACCGGGUCCGGGUCCGGUUCCAGGUCCAGGUCCGGGUCCGGGUCCUGGAUUAUUGGUGGAUUAUUGGGAUUAUUGGACCCGCGGAUCGAUCCGGGACUGUGACGGCGGUGACGGCGGAGUGAGAUCAGCGAAACGAGCAGGUUUGACGCCGGCCCGGUUCCUCCGGUUCCCAGGAUGAAUCCGCUAGCGGCCGUUAGCAUCGACCGCUCUCUGGCGGGGGAAAGUCUCCGCCCCCAAGGAGGCGGGAUCUUCUACCCGGGACUCCUCCCCCUUUCUACCCAGAAGCCCCAGGAUCCCGGCGCCUCCUUCCCGCUAGGCUACGACCUGCUGUACAAGCCGGCUAACCUGCUGCUGGAGGCGCAGAAACAAGCUAACGGCUACGUCUACAAAACCCCGACUCCGGGGUUACAGAAACCGAUGCUAGUUCCUAGCGCUGACGACCUGGGGUUGGACCGCCGCGUCGUAGCGCUCGACAAACAGUCGGAAAUGGCCCUGAGCGGCGGCGCUAGCUUCCUGCGGUUGCCGUGGAUCAGCCCCUACGCCGCCGACGCUAGCAUGUACCCGUUCCUGGACAUGGCGUACAAGGCGUCCUUCCUGUCGCAGCCGCCGCCGCCGUUCCUGCAGCAGCAGCUAGCGUACCAGUCGCUGUGCGCGGGUAGCGGCGGCGACGAGAGACUGUUCUACAUGAAUCCGUACGCAGCGCCGCCGCCGCACCUUUCCUCCUCCGCGCUAGGUCUGUCCGCGCUAACGCACCGCCAGGACAAGGCGCUGCAGGAGCUAGCGCCGCAGCUAGCGCCACCGCUACACCAGGAACCCUCGGCCUUCAGCACGAGUCCUCAGAUCCACCAGGAUCCACAGGUUCAAACCGUUCACCACUUGGAGCGACGACACGGCAGCAAAUGCAGUCAAACCACUUCUACGAAGAAUCCUCCCAACAAAGGCAGCGGUGCCCACGUUAGCAGUUCGGCUAGCGCCGCUGCACUGGACUCCAAUCAAGUUUCCCAACCUCCACCCCAACCCUCCGCUAGCAUCUCUACGGAUCUGCAGAAGCUUCUUAGCAAGAGUUCCUCCUCGUCCUCCUCCUCGUCCUCAGCCUCGAUUUCAGCCUCUCAUCCUUUCUACGGUUCGUCGGCUCAAGCCGGCGGCGGCAAAGCCAAAGACGUCAGCCCGGACGUUGCUAACAGAGACGCGAAGAGAUCGGCGGAGAGAGCUUUACCUCCCAAAGCCGCGGGAGAAAAACCGUUGGAUUUAUCGGCCAAAGAGAUUGAAGACUUUCCAAAUGGAUUCCCGACGUCUAAAGUGGAGGCAUUGGCCAAGUUGGGGUUUAAUAGACAGCCGUCGCACCUCAAAGAGGCUCUAGCGGAACCGAUAACUGUGUCGGCAAAGAGUUCGGACUGCGAAAUGAUCCGCGCGGCUCCGUCGACCACGAUUGGUCCGGGAACUUCGUCGUCUGAAUACGGCAGAUGUUCCAAAACGGCAAACGGCGACGCUAUAGACAGUUUGAGUCACCAAAGACCUGCGGCGAACGAGUUAGCCGGCGUUCCCAGUCCCGUUUCUGGAAGGUGGCCCCCAAAAGCCGAAUCCGGGCGGCCAAAAGUUCCUCCCAUUGACUCGGAAACGGCUCCUCAAAGCGGCAAAGGCGACCCUCGCUUUGGAAAACGUAGCGCAAGUCCCGCUAAACCCGAAUCUCAAGAGAUAUCGUCUAGUCUUCCGGAGCAGCAACCGCAGGCGUCGCGUUUGGACAAAGGAAACGGCUCCGGCCAGAUCUACGGCGACUCCUACCUCCCUCCGGGAUUAGCCUACACCAACCGCUACAUCCCGUACUCGGUGGCGGAGAACAUGUCCCUCCAGCGGAUGGCGAUGCCGAGCAAAGGGCACAUGUUCCCUCACCCGCUGCUGCUCGGCGGCGGCGGCUUCUAUCCGUCUCACGUCGCCCAAAGACACGUCCUUCCGUACGAACUUCACCAGUAUCAGAACACGCAGAAGAUGAAUCCGACGACGUCCAUGUCGGGUUACCCCGGCGUUAGCAAAGAACGGCUCGAGAACAGGCCGAAGGAAUCGCUCUGGAAUAACGAGCAGUUUAAGAACCUGGAAAGGCCGGACGAUAAAAACUCCCACAAGGACAAAUCCUUGAAACAAGCGUUAAAAGGCGCCGGUAAAAGCUCCUUCGCUAGCAGAGACAACGUAGUUUGCAUCGAUUUGGUUCACGAUGAGGCAGACGAGGAUUUUUCGCCCCACAAUCGUAACUCAUCGUCUACGAAAACCGGAGAUUCCGCGAAACUUGCCGACAUUAGAGGCAAUAAUCAAGAGAAAGGGUCAUUGUCUCCAAAAAAACAACAUCCAGGUGAAGAGCGGCUAGCUAGCGCUUUACCCGUCGAUCCUCGCAACUCAUCGUCACCACAACGUCCGAAUCAGGAGAUUUCAGAAGACGAGGAACCGUCGAGUCCGUUCCCCGACGUCCCCGAGGAGCAGACGAUGCGAUGCGCCCGAACGUCCGCGUGGCAGUUUUCAAGAAAAACUAAAACUAGACCCGUCGAUGACGCUGGAAACUCGGCAACGGAUGCUACUAGCGCGGAUAAUAGUAUAAACCAAGUUAAACCAGAGGAUUUGGACGAUAAACGCACCGAACCGCGGCAGACGCCUUCAGAGAACCAGAACUCGUUGGGGAGAGAAUGUACGUUAGGUAGUUUCGCUGACGGCACCGACUCCAACAACAAAACCGAAGCCGGUGGAAGCAAAAACUGUUCAGGAAGUCCGGUACGUAGCGCCGAGGGGCCUAGAGAUGCUAGUUUAGCCCCCCUAGCUAGCAGAGACCUCGAUCCACCGGUUCCAGCUAGCGCCAUACCUGCGUUUGGCGUCAAAGACGCGAGUUAUCCAAACGUCAACCGAAGUUUCGUGGAAUCGAGUCGCAGAAAUCUCAGUUUGACAAGUUCAACUAGCGAAGCUAGAAGUUUCAACGGUCCAGAUUACGGAAACGGAAACCUGGCGGCUCAAAACCGGAACAGGAACUUCAACGACAACAACGCCGUUGGGGCAAAUGCUAAUUUUGGAAAUAACACCAGUCCCAGUUGUGGAAGUUCCCAAUCGAAAGGUUUUAUUCUGUGUGGAAGUAGCAACAUCAGCAAUGUCCGGGUUCCAUUGUACGGAAACGGUUUCGUUAGCAACGGAGGCUCCAACCGGAUGCUAGCGAGUUUAGAGGCUAACCGAGGAGCUAACCCGCCCGGAGACGGAGACGACGACCGUCACGUCCAGGACGACGACCGUCACGUCCAGGACGACCGUCACGUCCAGGACGACGACCGUCACAUCCAGGACGACCGUCACGUCCAGGACGACGCGGAUCCGUCGGACGAGGACGACCGUUCGGGUUCCGGCAGGAACCGGCACGCCGGCCUAGCCAAGCGCAUCGCUAGCUCGUCCGGCUACCUGGGCGACCAGCUGAAGUGCGUGACCACGGAGCUGGACGCGGACGCUAGCAAGCUGAGCCGCGAGCAGAGAGCCCUGCAGCGAGCGAUGCUUCGGUUCUCGGAGCUGGAGCUGAGGGAGAAGGAAGGAGGGAGGGAGGUGGAGCUGGCGGACGGCCAGGACGGAGCGAGGGAUGAAGGAGAGGAAGAGAGGAGAGGAGAGAGAGAAGAGGGAGGAGAGGGGGGAGGAUGGGAGCGCUGCCAGCUGCGCCGCGGGAGGCUAGCAGCGCUAACGGCAGCAGGAACUCCCACUGCAGCCGCCGCCGCGGAGACGAGCGGGUUCCGUCCGUCCUCUCCUCCUCUUCCUCGCCUCCCUGAGAUCCUCCCUGAGGAACGAGGGAAGAAGAAUGGAGAUGAAGGAGGUGGAGACCAGCAGGACCAGAAGAAGACGGCUCUGGUCCCACCGGUGGAGCAGCCGCGGGGUUUCCCCCCGGCGCCGGAGCAGCCGCGGGGUUUCCCCCCGGCGGAGCAGCCGCGGGGUUUCCCCCCGGUGCCAGAGCAGCCGCGGGGUUUCCCCCCACCGGAGCAGCCGCGGGGUUUCCUCCCGGCGGCCCGGGGCCUUUUCCAGGGAAACCCCCCCAGGUCGAACCUCGGGUCGGCCAUUAACCGUCGGCGGAUCUUCAGCCUGGAGCCGUUUCACCAGAGCAGCAUCAGCGGCGGCCGGUUAAAGAGAGGGAGGGAGGAAGAGGACGAGAAGGACGACAGCGCGGGAAACAAGAGGAACAAGCUAACCAACGACUCAAACCCGGACGACGUCAGGAAGCUGAAGGUUUGCAUCGAGCUCAACGGCCUCCGGCUCAACAAGCCCCGCCUCCCCGGGGAGCUCGGCCAAUGGCUGCCGUCCGGCGGGAGGCUAGCGGAGGACCGGAGGUCGGAGGACCGGAGGUCGGAGGACCGGAGGUCGGAGGUCGCCGGCUGGAGCGAGGGCUCGUCCGGGAGGAGGGACGUCCCCAGAGUUUUCCAGCUAGCUCCGCCCUCCGGCGACGCCCCCUUGAGUCGGCCUCUGAACGGCUCCGCCCCCCAGCUGCUCGGCUCCGCCCCCCAGCUCCUGGGCUCCGCCCCCCAGCUCCUGGGCUCCGCCCCCCAGCUCCUUGGCUCCGCCCCCCAGCUCCUUGGCUCCGCCCCCCAGCUCCUGGGCUCGUCCCGCCUCCAGGACAAGCACCAGAAACUGAAGGAGAGCCGUCGGCUCUUCCUUCCAACUUCCUGUUCCUCCGGGUCACAUGACGCCCCUGGCGACGACGCGUCACAUGACUCUCACCGCGGAGACGAGGCUACCAAACCCAAGGGCAAGCGGUCCUGCAAGACCAAGCACACGGGGGACCAGGACCAGAACCAGGACCAGGACCAGAACCAGGACCAGGACCAGGAGGACGAGGAAGAACCGAAUCACAAGGUGGACCCGGCAGGAAGUGGCCCCGCCCCCCCGGAGAUACGACGACUCAUCGUCAACAAGAACGCUGGAGAAACGCUGCUACAGCGCGCCGCGAGGCUAGGCUACGAGGAAGUGGUGUUGUCCUGCCUGCAGCGGCGUCUCUGCGACGUCAACCACCGCGACAACGCCGGCUACCGCGCGCUACACGAGGCCUGCGCUCGCGGCGCGCUAGCCAUCGCACGCCACCUGGUGGCUAACGGGGCCGAUGUCAACGUCAGCGCCGAGGACGGGGUCAGGCCUCUGCACGACGCCGUGCAGAACGACCACCUGGAGCUGGUGCGCUACCUGCUAGCCUGCGGCGCCGACCCGACGCUAACCUCCUACUCCGGACGGGGGCUGCUUAGCAUGACGCGCAGCGCCGCCAUGGAAACCUUCCUGGAGGAUUACCUGUCGGACAUCCAGGGCCGGCCGGAGGACGACCCGGGAAUCUGCUGGGAGUUCUACGGAAGCUCGGUGUGCGAGCCGUCACGCGAGGGCGGAGCCUACGACAUCUUAGCCGACGCCCCCGGGCCGGAGGAGGAAGACGAGGAGGAAGAGGAGGACGAAGGUCUGGACGAAGAGCAGCGAGCCAAGAGGGAAGUGUUCGAGUUCGAGCUGUCGGACCGACCGCUGCUGCCGAGCUACAACAUCACGCUGUCGCUAACGCAGGGGCCGAGGAACUGGCUCCUCCUCUCCGACGUCCUCGGUCGCCUCCGGAUGACGUCGCGCUCGUUCCGCCGGCUCUUCCCUCAGCUGAACGUGCGCUCGGUUCCAGAGGACGAGUUCUACCGGCAGGCGUCGCUGUCGCAGCUGCUGACGGGCCCGGACGAGCAGGAGCUAGCGUCGUUCCGGCCCGACGUCACCGACCCGCUGGAGCUGGUGGAGGCCACGCCCGAGCUAGCCGGCAUGCUAGGCUCCUCGCUGGAGUUCGUGGACGGCCGCUGGGACUCGGCGGACACUUCGCCGCCACCGCCGCCGCCGCCCGGGCCGCCGUUAGCCUCACCGUUAGCCUCGCGGCGGCAGCAGGGAGCCGACGCCGGAGCUGCUAGCAAGACUUUAGAGUCCAGAUCAGAACUGGGACCCAAGGGAUGCUCCGUUCGCUCGGCUAAGCUAGACGUUAGCAUGUGGGAGCCGCAGAAUAAACCUGCAGGGAUUCCAACUCCGGCCAAGCUUAGCACGGUGGCUAAUGCUAGCCGGUGGGAGCCUCAAAAACAACAGAUCCAGAACCCCGGGACCAACGAAACUGUUAAUCCUGUUAAUCCCGAGCCUAAAAUCAUGCUAGCACUUCAAAACCAAGGAAGUAAAACCACAGAAACCACUUCCUUGAAAUCUGACACAUUAGCCGAUGCUAACAUGCGGCUGCGCAGCAGAACCGCCGCUAAUCACGACACCAAACUAACACCGGACUCUGGAACGGCAGAUUCAGCCCGAAUAUGGAAUAAGAACUCUGAGAAACCUGCAUGUUUGAACGGGGAAGCUAAUGCUAACGUGUCCAAGGACGGCGUUUCGGAUCCUCCGGAUGAAGCUACAUCACCGCCGAGUAAGACGGCCGGGGCGGAGAAACCGGACAAACCGGAGAAACUGGAGAAACCGGACAAACCGGACAAACCGGACGCGUCGGACCGGCAGGAAGUGAAAAGAGCUAGCGCUAGCGCAGCGCCCAAAAGAGACUGCGAGCGACAGGAAGUGGCGCUAGCUAAGAGCAUCAAGAUGGACGCCGCCUGGCAGAGGAACCUGACCAACGUCCGGGUUCACAUCCGCGACCUCGGCAUCAAAGUGGCCUCCAUCCGCAGAGACGUGAAGAAAGAGGCGGGAAAAACCAGGACUAAAACCAGGUGAAAAACCCGAACUAAAACCAGGUGAAAAACCAGAACUAAAACCAGGUGAAAAACCAGAACUAAAACCAGGUGAAAAACCAGAACUAAAAAUGUGUAAAUAUGUUUUUAUUUAUGGGCAAAGUUGCAGCUCUUUGUUCUGUAUAUAAUGUCGGCUUUUGUCACUAAACUAUCACUGACCAAUAAAGGAGGA